AUGGAAGAAGCGAAAACAGAACAGCCAGAAGUAGCAACAGAAGAAGUGGUAGAGGCGGAAACAAAGACAGAAGCAUUAGCUGAAACAGAAGUGGGGACGGAAACGGAAGAAACUUCAUUGAUGACAGCAACAAAUAAAGAAAUUGAUCCCAAGACGUCCAACUAUAUUAGACUUCGCGGUUUACCAUUUUCGGCUAAAGAAGAUGAUGUCCGAGCAUUUCUAGAAGGUCGUAAUCUUUUCAAAAUUAAAUUUGGGGCAGGUUUGGAAGUAAGAUCGGUGACAUUUACAUUGACGUCGAUGGGUCGGGCGAGCGGUGAAUGUUAUGUUGAAUUAGUGGAUAAAAUUGCGGCAGCGGAGGCAAAGCGCUUUGAUAAGCAAGAAAUGAACAAUCGCUACAUUGAAGUAUUCAACGUAACAGAAAGUGAAGUGGUUUGGAUGACGCGACAUAAUGUGAUUCGUAGAGGUGAUCAGGAUGCGCCUUAUAAUUUUGUUGUUAGGCUUCGAGGCAUACCAUUUAGCGCAACGAAUGAUGAUGUGAAAGAAUUCUUCAGUGGAAUUAACGUCAUCAAUGUAAUUUCACACAUUCUGCUUUCUGGAUCAUCUAGUGCAAUUUUCAAUAUUAAAUAUUUUGCUUUAAUGCGAAUCGGAUUGGAAGUGGCAGAUGUUGUCAUCGACAAGGAGCUGGGGGGUCGCCCAUCUGGGGAGGCAUUCGUACGGUUCGCCAGCAAACAGCAUGCGGAGAUGGCCCUGGAACGGAACAGAAACAACAUGGGUUCGAGAUAUGUGGAAGUUUUUCGAAGUUCUGGCGAUGAACUGGAGAAAUCAAGGGAGGGUCAUAUUGCACCACCGACAUCUUUGCGAAGUCUUGCCAUUGAGCGCAGUUUUCCAGCACCACGUUCCGAACCUAUACCUCUGCGCUUUGCUACAGCGAAGCUUGGUGGUGUACGUCCAUAUCGAAGAGAGGAGUAUGGAGGUCCGUUAAGAAAUAUUAGUAUGGGUCGCCCUCGUGCUGGUCCCUAUGAUGUGCCGUACAGUCGUUACUCGCGUUUUCAGGAAUACGGUUAUGAAGAUGAUUUUGAUUGCGAUGAUCCAGCCAAAAUUUACAUGAGAGGUCUUCCGUACAGUGCAAAUGCGCUUGAUAUCGAAGAUUUCUUCAAGCCAUUGAAUUGUGUCGAAAUUCAGCUGGGUUUCAAUGAGGAUCGCCGACCAUCUGGUGAUGCAUGUGUGAUUUUUGGAACAGUAGCUGAAGCACGAGACGCAAUGUCUAGAAACAAACAAUGCAUCGGUAAUCGAUAUAUUGAACUGUUUACCGCCGCUGAUGUACCAAUUACGCAAAAAUAUGUCAUUUAUCGAAGAAUUGGUGGUACAGGUGACUAUCCGGCAGCAGUAAGUGGUGGAGGUUCUCGUGGUCCAACAGCACUAAAUCGUGUUAAUUGUAGUGGGUAUGAUGAGUGGGCUGAUAACGAUGUCGGGAAUGGACGGUACUCAAAUAUUCAAAACAAACCAAUUUCAUUGAAUCGUGUUGGAUAUGCGACGAGUGACCCUGCUGAGGUUGGUGGAGCAGAGAGCUGGUCGGAUGGUGAUUCGGGUAGAAGCUAUACGACAGGAUAUAGUAGCUCUACGGCAGGUUACAAUGCGAGUUAUGCUACAGGAGGACAGCAGUAUUAUAACGAUGAGUAUGAAGGCAAACAGUCUUCAUAUGGCUACCAGUGGGGUAGUGCUGGUGGUUCGGUGAAAACCAGUUGUUCUUCAUGGAUUGAAAUGGUGAUUUUGCUGAUCCAAUGUUUUAUGAUAGGUUUUGCUGAAGCUGUGUUUUAUACAAGAGGACAAAUUCCAAGUUUACAAUGUACGCAACAUUCGUUUUGCUCUGAACGUGACCGUGCUCGCUGGUUAGAAAGACGUCGAUCAUAUCAAAUUUUAGUUGCACUCAAAAAGGAAGCAUUCAGCCAAGUCCAAAUGCCUAUUUCAACAUUAUCAAUUAAUCGUUGGCAUAAUUACCUAUGUUACGAAUAUCAAAGUGCAGCAUUUUUGAUGGAAAAUGCUAGUGAACGUUGGCAAAUAGCAUGUUUAUGGAAUGGUAAUGAUAUAAAUGGGACAUGUGCGCCAGCACCAUCUAAUAAUAAGCCAAUUGUUUAUAUUGAACCUGAAAAAUGGCGACAAAUGCUCUAUGUUGGUUAA